AUGCAAGUUCCCCUGUAUCCCACGUCUCGCUGCUUGAGCAAGUUCUUGGCUGGAGAUUUUGUCUUUACGGAGACUUCCUUGUCAUCUCCUUCGUCAAUUGCACCUGAAGAACACACCUGGCUUAGCGACUACCGUGCCAGGUAUAACAUUAUUACGGAAGUGGGUGAUGGUACGUUUGGUAGUGUUUGGCGUGCAAUCAAUAAAGAAAGUGGCGAAGUGGUCGCAAUCAAGAAAAUGAAGAAAAAAUAUUUUUCUUGGGAGGAGUGCAUCAAUCUCCGUGAAGUGAAGUCCCUCCGAAGGAUGAACCAUCCAAACAUUGUGAAGCUCAAGGAGGUCAUAAGAGAGAAUGACAUGUUGUUCUUUGUUUUUGAAUACAUGGAAUGCAAUCUCUAUCAGCUGAUGAAGAGCAAGGGCAAGCCUUUUUCGGAGACUGAGAUCCGGAACUGGUGCUUUCAAGUAUUUCAAGCUCUUAGUCACAUGCAUCAACGUGGAUACUUUCAUCGUGACCUUAAGCCUGAAAAUCUGCUAGUUACAAAGGAGCUCAUCAAGGUAGCUGAUUUUGGGCUUGCUCGUGAGAUUAUUUCUGAACCACCAUACACAGAAUAUGUGUCAACUCGCUGGUAUCGUGCCCCAGAGGUUCUACUUCAAGCUUCUGUUUACAGCUCAGCAGUUGACAUGUGGGCUAUGGGUGCCAUUAUUGCAGAGCUUUUUUCGCACCGACCUCUUUUCCCAGGCUCAAGUGAAGCGGAUGAGAUAUACAAAAUCUGUAGCAUUCUUGGCACACCAAAUCAGCAUACUUGGGCUGGAGGACUGCAGCUGGCAGCAUCUAUCCAUUUUCAGUUUCCUCAGUCUGGAAGCAUAAAUCUUUCAGAAGUGGUUCCCACAGCAAGUGAAGACGCGCUGAACCUUAUUUCGUGGCUUUGCUCAUGGGACCCACGUAAAAGGCCAACCGCAGUGGAGGUUUUGCAGCAUCCCUUCUUUCAGCCAUGCUUCUAUGUCCCCCCUUCACUUCGUUUUAGAUCGACCGGAUAUGCAACAACACCACCAUCAGUUGGGGCUAAAGGAGCUAUGGACCAGAAGAAUGCUAGGAGAUACCCUGUGGGGACUUUAUCCAACGGGAGACCGGCAGUCAAUAACUCGUACCUGAGCACCAACGCCCCAGCAAGAGCAGCUGGCGUGCAAAGGAAGCUAGAGUUGGAUCAUCAGGUGAAACCAAUGGGAGACCAUAAGCUGACGAAGGAGAACGCCAUGAACCAGCCCUGGUCCAGACUACCACCAGCACCAGUGAGGAGCAACGGGAACUACCUCGCCCCGAAGGAGCACAUCCCUCGCGGCGGCGGCGCGCCUGACAUAGCCGAGAAGCUGUCCCAGCUGUCGAUGGCCUCCACCACCAACCGGGCGCCGACCGUGCCUUCCGGCAGGUUUGCUGACCUGAAGGGCACUAGUAGAGCCCACCAACCGGAGCCCGUGAGGCGGCCCGUGCCUCUGGGACCCAGGGACACGUGGCACGCCCGGAACGACCCCUUCCGGCGCACCUACGAGAUGCCGGGCGAGAGGGCCCUCCUCCAGAGGAAGCUCGUCAGCUGA